UAAACCAUUUCAAUGUUCAGUGUGUGUGAAAUGUUUUAGUCAAAAAGGCCAUCUCGUGACACAUAUGCGAGUACAUACAGGAGAUAAACCAUAUCAGUGCUCCAAGUGUCUGAAAUGUUUUACAGUAAAAGGCCAUCUUGUGACACAUAUGAGAGUACAUACUGGAGAUAAACCAUAUCAAUGUUCAGUGUGUCUGAAAUGUUUUAGUGUAAAAGGCAGUCUUGUGACACAUAUGCGAGUACAUACAAGAGAUAAACCAUAUCAGUGCUCCAAGUGUCUGAAAUGUUUUAGUGUAAAAGGUGCUCUUGUGAGACAUACACGAGUACAUACAGAAGAUAAAGCAUAUCAGUGCCCUGAGUGUCUGAGAUGUUUUACUGUAAAAUACAAUCUUGUGAGACAUAAUAUGCAAGUACAUACAGGAGAUAAACCGUAUCAGUGUUCAGUAUGUACGAAAAGUUUUAGUGUAAAAUGCAAUCUUGUGAGACAUAUGCGAGUACAUACAGGAGAUAAACCAUAUCAGUGCUCUGAGUGUCUGAAAUGUUUUAGUGUAAAAGGCCAUCUUGCGACACAUAUGCAAGUACAUACCGGAGAUAAACCAUAUCAGUGUUCAGUGUGUCUGAAAUGUUUUAGUGUAAAAUGUGAUCUUGUGAGACAUAUUCGAGUACACACAGGAGAUAAACCAUAUCAGUGCUCUGAGUGUCUGAAAUGUUUUAGUGUAAAAGGCCAUCUUGUGACACAUAUGCGAAUGCAUACAGGUUAUAAACCAUAUCAGUGCUCCGAGUGUCAUAAAUGUUUUAGUGUAAAAGACCAUCUUGGUGGAAAAAUUAUGCGAGUACCAACUGAGAUAACCCUCUCGUGUUCAGUGUGCCUGAAAGUUUUAGUGUUAACCGGAGUUCUUUUGACACACCAAGGCGUACAUACAGGCGAUAAGCCAUUAUCGGUUGUUCAUGUGUGCCAUGGGAAAUGUUAA